AAAAUGGCAUCUGGAGAUCAAUCAUCUUUAUAUCUGAAUGAGAUUCGCAGUUUAAGCGAAUUACCGAUGAAUAGACUGAUUCACUUAAGAUCUUCUCUUGCAAACAAUAAUGAUAUUAAUAGCGAACAUGAAAAUGAAAAUAUCGUGUCCAGUAGAACAUUACCAUGGACAAUGCCAAUGGCUUUAUCAAUGUCAUUGAAGAAAAAUAAUAAAAAACCUAUAAGACGACACGAAGAACACUAUGAUGAAAAAGGCAAGGACACAAAGAUUUCAAAGAUCUUUCAGCUGGCAAUAACUGCACUUUCUUUUCUGGCAUUCGGUGGUUAUCUCCUUACACUCAUAAUUACAGCAAUUCGUCGCAAUAAUGGAAAUGGAAACGGAAAUGUCGUCAUAUUAUCAAAUCUACAAAGCCUACAAAAACUAAACCGCCCCAAACGAAAUAUUUUAAUAUUCGAUCCAAUGGAAAAUAACUUCGAAACAGACAAACUCUAUGAAGGAAUGAUUAUGCUUUCGAGAAGUUACGCCUUAUACAAUUGA